CUGGUGAAGCAUUCUGGGAGACGUAGUCUCUUUUUAGUUACUAGGGCACUUUCUUUCCCACGCUACCAGCUGUAGCUGAUAGACAGAGGGUAUAGGGCCAAUGGGAGCGAAGCAUUGAAUAGAAAGGGCGGGCUUUAAACUGAACGACUCGGGACUGAGGAGGACGCGGGGAGUGUGGGUCCCCGACUCUACCCAGGUCACUAUGAAAGGCUUGUACUUUCAGCAGAGUUCACCAGGAGAAGAAAUUUCGUUUGUAUUUCAGGAAAGGGAAAAUCUUCCUGAUAUAAAGGAUAACUAUGUGAAACUUCAAGUGAAAGCUUGUGCUCUAAGCUGGAUAAAUACAAAGCUUUUAUCAGAAAUGAAACUGGAAAAGGAAUUUUUUCCUGUUGGGAGAGAAAUUGCCGGAGUUGUACUAGAGGUUGGAAGCAAAGUAUCAUUCUUUCAUCCAGAUGAUGAAGUAGUGGGAAUUUUGCCAUUGGAUUCUGAAGAAUCUGGUGUCUGUGAAAUUGUUAGAAUACAUGAGCAUUACUUGGUACAUAAACCAGAAAAGGUCACAUGGGCUGAAGCGGCAGGAGUGAUCCGUGAUGGGAUACGUUCCUACACAGCUCUGCAUUCUCUUUCUCAUCUUUCUCCUGGAAAAUCAGUGCUCAUAAUGGAUGGAGCGAGUGCAUUUGGUACAAUAGCUAUACAGUUAGCACACCACAGAGGGGCCAAAGUUAUUUCGACAGCAUACAGUCUUGAAGAUAAACAAUAUCUUGAAAGACUUAGGCCUGCAAUAGGACUAAAACAACCCUUGGUAGUGCGAGUGAUAGAUGUGUCUAAUGGAAAAGUUGAUGUUGCUGAAAGCUGUUUGGAAGAAACAGGUGGCAUAGGAGUAGAUAUUAUCCUAGAUGCUGGAGUGAGAUUGUAUAGUAAAGAUGAUGAGCCUGCUUUAAAAUUACAUCUGUUACCACACAAGCAUGAUAUCAUCACACUUCUUGGUGUUGGAGGCCACUGGAUAACCACAGAAGAAAAUCUUCAGUUGGAUCCUCCAGACAGCCACUGCCUUUUCCUUAAGGGAGCCACAGUUUCUUUCCUCAAUGAUGAAGUUUGGAAUUUGUCAAAUGUACAACAAGGGAAAUAUCUUUGUACGCAUCUUAAAAGAUGUAAUGGAGAAGCUAUCAUCUGGUGUUUUCAGACCUCUUUUGGAUGAACCUGUUCCACCAUAUGAUGCCAGAGUUUCCAUGGAAAUUGUUCAGAAAAAUCAAGCAAGAAAAAAACAAGUUAUCCAGUUUUGAAGCACUAUUUCCUGCUAAGACAAGAAGCUCGAAGCUAUAUGAUGUAUUUGAAAAGUAAAUUAUUGUGCAAACAUUCUA